ACCAUGUUCCAGGGCGCCGAGAGCGACGCGGCCAAGCCGAGCUCCAGGGUCCUGAAGCCCCCAGGAGGUGGUUCUAGUAAUCUCUUUGGCAAUGCAGAAGAAGUUUCUUCUUCCAGCAGGCCACACCGGAUGGCAUCUAAUAUCUUCGGAGCAUCUGAAGAACCGCAGAACAUUCCAAAAAGAACAAACCCACCAGGGGGUAAAGAGAGUGGCAUUUUUGAGGAUCCCAGUUUGGCGCAGCCUCGACCGCGCGUAAACCCACCUGGUGGGAAGACGAGCGAUAUCUUCGGGUCUCCGGUAUCUACCAGUGUUGUGCGAGCACAUCCAAACAAGCCUAAGGAUCACAUUGUCUUGAAAGAAGAUGAAACACCAAAGAAGCUAGAAGCUACAGAAAACAACAAAUCUCAACUGGAAAGUGGAGGCGAGAAAAAAGAUGUGGGCAAAGAGGAGCGACUCAAGGAACCAGAACCCAAGCUAGACAAUCACGAGCCCAGAUUAGGGCCAAGGCCGCGCUCGCACAACAAAGUUCUCAAUCCCCCCGGGGGGAAAUCCAGCAUUGCCUUCUACUAGGGACAGCUGUUCACUAACUGAGUCUGCACAGAAACUCUUGUCUGUGGUUGUGAGGUCAGUUUGGAGACUAUUGCUUGUGGACAGAUUGUUAAGGCAGAUGUAUGAGGGUUAUGCCAAAAUGCGUAGGAAGGAUAACCUGACAAUUUGGGGAGGGAGGGCUGGGGCAGGGGGUGGAAGGGGGACACGUGGAAGAGUAUCAGGCUGCAUGGGUGGGUGGUGAAGAGGGACAUUAGUGUAACGUCGUGGAAAAAAUCGCUGCUUUGUCGUGAGUUCUUCAGAUUUAGAUUCAUAGCUAGCUAGUGACUUGGGAUGCCCUUGUGGAGUCAGGCUUUUCCGUGUGUAAAACAUUGUGAGUGGGUAGGGACCUGGAGGCUGAGUCAGGAAUAGUCUUAAGCACAGCAUAGCCAAUGCUCUUCUCUAGGCAAAAUAAGGUAGUUUCUCGAUGCGAGUUGAUUUGCAGUCACUUUAAUGUAAAUAUGUUCCGCUGGGACAAGUAGUCCUGUUGUGUUCUUGAACAUCUUUAGUGUUUGCUUGUUUUUCUCCUUCCUUCCUCCUCCAGAGUACAUGAUUGCUGAAACAAGGACAAAACACUAUGAAAUUUUCUUUUAUACUGUCAGAAGCCAUUAUGCAUUAGUGAAUAUUUUGGUGUUCCUCUCCUAUUCGCAGAUCUUUCUGCUGCCUUCAGUAAUCUGCCGAUUACUAGUAGCCAUUGACAAAGGGUAAGAUCAGUCUGAUAGACCAUAUCAUGUAAGUGCUUCUAGAAGACUUUUAUUUGGAAAUCCUGGUAGAGUGCUUGAAGAUUUCUCGGUAAUGAUUUGGGURCAAAUAGAAGCUUUAUGGUUGUCUUUGAAUAGCAGCAACUUUAUCCAGGUACCAUGGAGAAUGAACGGAGGUGUCUAGUUAGCUUUGACCUGCCUAUAUGGAAAUGCCUUAGCUUCUGCAGGGGCUUUGCCUUGGAGCCCUGCAGAAGCCAGGACUGUUUGACUGUCUUCACCACAGUGCAAUUUUUUGUUUGUUCGUCUGUGCUGACUCCGUUAGUGAAUUCUUGUGUCUUUAGUCGGCCUUACCUUUGCCUUUGAUUGCCUCAGAAUUUGGUUGGUGUGGGGUGAGAGCAACUCAGAUUAUCCCCAAGCCAUGGCUGUAGCUGUUUGGAUACGUUCUGUACACUGUCCUAGUCGCACAAAGAUUUUUAGCAAUACAGACCCUUUGGGCAUGCUGGCUACCUUAAAUCAUGUUUCGAAGAUGUGCGUAGUUUUUCGCAAACUGUGUGUUGGGGAGGGUCGCUCCCACAUUAACUCUCUGAAUGUACUUUGAGCAUACUGAGCUCUCAUACUUGAAUGUUAACGUUAGCUGCUCAGACUGCUCAGCGUAUAUGAUGGUGACUUUUUAAAUCUGACAUAUCAAAACAGGAGUUGUUCAAUUACACCAAAGAACAAGUGGCCUUAUCUGCAUGUAUUUACUGCUUCUCUAGCUCCCUAAAACUGUUCCUGUUUAGAGGGGACCAUGGCUGGGCCAGGUGCUGAUCAUCCUGAGUGCAGAGCUUGCUGGACUGCUCUGCUUGGCCCCUGCUAGGUGCCUGCAUGAAGACCUAUCUGCCUUCUCAAUGUGUGAAAGUACUUUGUGGCAGCAGGAGGGUAGAAAUGUCCCUGGAAAGCAGAAAUGUCAAUGCCUUUGUACCUGUCAGAUAGAUGUGGAGCUCCCUGUUGUUUGUCCCCCGGGAGAAUAUCCCAGCUGCAGCCCCA